AGAAAACGCUACGCCACAACAGUGCGAAGACUCAUCCACAUAGUUGUCAGAUUCUGUAUGAGCGCCAUGCUAAUGUAGCUUGUAAACAACACUAAAUGCACUGAGUGAGCCUUUCUCCAAGCAGUCGCCUUUUCCUCUCUCAGAAUGGCACAACCUGCGGAGAAAGGUUACUAUCGCUUUUUGGUGCUGUUCUUCAACUGCAUGUUGACAUUCGGCUCCUACUUCUGCUUUGACAUCCCCAGUGUUCUGCAGGAUCAGUUUCAGGGGAACCUGACAUGUCCCAAUGCGACAGUGAUAAAUGGGACAGUGGACUGUGUGGUGGGCUUGGGUAUGACCCCUCAGCAGUACAAUCUUCUCUAUGCUAUCUAUGCAUGGACGAAUGCAGUAGUGGUGAUCCUAGCUGGUUUCCUCAUUGACAAACUGGGCAACCGCUUCGGGGUGUUCCUUUUCUCCUUUUUGUGCGUUUUGGGUUCCUCUCUUUUUGCCCUGGGUUCUCACUUCAGAGGAACUCCCUACCUGCUGCCACUCAUGCUCACAGGCCGACUCCUGUUCGGAUCUGGCAACGGAUCCCUGACCAUUGUUCAGAACCGCAUCACUGCCUUCUGGUUCAAGGGGAAAGAACUGGCCUUAGCUUUUGGGCUGACCUUAGCAUUCUCUCGCAUGGGAUCCGUCCUCAACUUCUUCUUCACGCAGAGGUUUGAAGAAAGGUUUGGCAUGCAGUGGACUCUCUGGGGUGGUGCUCUCCUGUGUGUGUUGAGCUUUACGUCCGCCAUCAUCGUCAGCACUCUGGACAAGGUGGGAAUGAGGCAGCUGGGGCUGGAUGGCGCCAUUCAGGAGGAGUCUCGCAAAGUGAGAAUUCAGGAUGUAAAAUUGCUGUCGUUGAGAUACUGGCUGCUGGUUCUCACCAUCAUGUUCUUUUAUAAUGGAAUCUUCCCCUUCAUCGCUGAUGCCAGUAAGUUCAUUCAGGACAAAUACAUUGACUACUCUCAGAAGGAGGCGUCGUACAUUGCCGGGGCCGUUUACGACAGCUCCCUCGUCCUCUCUGCCAGCGUUGGCAUUCUCAUCGAUUAUGUGGGUCUGCGGGGGAUUUUCGCCGUGGCCUGUGCCUUGUUCACACUGCCCGUGUUCGGACUGCUCGCCUUCACCUUCGUCCCUCCUUUGGUUUCCACCAUCUGGCUGGGAGUCACGUACUCCUUUGCUGCCGCAAGCAUGUGGCCGUCCAUUCCUCUCGUGGUGCCUCAAGCCACCAUCGGCACAGCUAUGGGCCUUGCUACCUCGAUCCAGAUGAUCGGGAUUGGCGUCUCCAAUCUGGUUGUCGGGCAGAUUUUGGGCACCAAAACAAGUGAUACAAAGAUUCCGCUGUGGCGGUGGCAGAGGAUGAUGAUCUUCAUGUUGGCCAACACCAUCUGCUGCAUCGUCACCUCAGUGUUGCUCAACGUUGUCGACCACAGACAGGGUGGGAUGUUGAACAAGAUGACCAAAAAAUCAGGACAGACCGAGAGAGAGUCUGACAGAGAGCCGCUCAACCAAAGAGAAGAAGAGGAAAGUGAGGAUGAGGGAGAUGAAGCACCCCCAUCUCGCUCUAUCAACUGAGUUUUCUCAAGUUUGAAAGUUUUUUUUAUACCUCUUUUUUAAUUGUGAUGCCAGUUUUAGAGGGAUUUUUACAUGUUGUCAUCUUUGUUUUAACAUUCUGGCAUUUUAAGACAACUGUUUAUUACCAUGGACAUAUUUAUUGUGUACUGAAAAAGGGACCUUGUAUGUGCUCCAUUUUGUUGCACGUUCCUGGUUUCAGUUUCAAGUUCAGUCUGUAUAGUACAGAUAAAUAAGAUAUUAUUAGUAUUAUUAUUAUUUCAAGCACUAAUUAUUAAUCCAGAAGGACUAUUAAAGGAACACGAGAAAACAAAUGUAAUGGAAAAAUGCCGCAAUAACAUAAACGCUGCCUCGUG